ACUUACAAGCACUCGCAUCCCUCUCUCUCCACCUCUCCGUCUAACCCUCUCUCUGUUCAUCUGUCUGAGUGUUCGUCUGUCUUUAUAGCAGUUCAAAGAGCAACUUUACUGACAAAAACUUUAGAGAAAUAAUUUUGUUUUUCUUCUGUCGGGUGAUUUUCAGACACCCCUCUACUUUCUCAUUCAUUCAUUCUUUCGUUCAUCUUUCCUUCUGCUGACUCCUGCCUUCCUCGCUCUGCUUGAAGUGUGAAGUCGAGAAGGAUCUGGAGCACGUGACAAUAUCCGGAGCUCAAUUUAUUUAUUAAUUUUCAGUCUUUAUUUAUUUAUUUGUCUAUUUACUUGUUUUAUUUAUUCUUUGGACCCAACAAAUAUGAAAUUGCUGGUCGACUCCUCCUCGUCUCUACUUCUCUCUCUACUAUUGGCUCAGCUGUCUUUAUUUACGUCCGCUCACCCUGUCAAUCACCGGCGACUUCAAGAACUGGACAAACUGACCAAUCAGACGAGAAAUCUGAUGAAAGUCACGAAUGACCUAUUGAAAGAGCAUUUUUCGGACCUAGAACACCUGGAGCAUCACAGGUUCAAAUCUCUGCCAGUAAUGAACCACAGAGCCAGUGAUGUCCACUCCCUUGAGCUGAAACCCACUCUCUCUCUGCUCCACCAUGACCUGACCAUGUUCGAAAAACAUUUCCUCUGGCUGAACAACGCCUCUCGGAGGCACCACCACCCUGCUCUGCCUAAACUGACAGAGAUGAUGUCCCUGAUCAAGGCCCUGAACACCACCCUGCAGCGCCAGAUGGGAAGAGUCGAUGCACCAAAGCUCACUCUGGUCACCCCGUCCCUCCCCCCUCAGCUCCACAACCAGUUUGAGGUCCUGCAGUCUUCUCACGAGCUGCUCCAGCAGUUCGAGCGUUUCUGCAGCUGGGCUCAUCGUGCCCUCAUCAGCCUUAGGCACAAUCCUAGAUAGAGCUUGACCAAUCGAUGCCCAGGACCCACACCUCAGCCAAUGAAAUCCUACGAAAUACACACUACGACCAAUGAACUACAAAAACGAUUCUCAAAUAUUCUCUUCAUAGCCAAUGAGGAUGCUUUACAUAAACAUUACUGCCAGUUACGGUCCUCAACAUUCACACUAAGGACAUUGGUUUAUAAUUUAAUCUCCCUAUACUAAAUGCCUAAUGUUUAUUAUUUAUUUAUGUAUGUAUUUAUUUAUUUAUUAUUAGUUAUUUAUUUAAUGUUAUUUAUUUAAUUUUGUAACAUGUCCUGUCAUUAUUACUUAUCUAUUAUUGUGAACUCGGUUACUUAUAUCCUUUUAUUCUUCGGAACUAUUCUAUCUGUGAUUACACAGUGGCACUUCUUAAUUUUUAUCCAUGAUACUGAUUGUAUUUCAUUGUUCUUAAUUCAUUUUCUUUACGUUAAUCCAGUAGAUGUAGCAAAAAUUUCGAACAGCACCAACUGGUUUUUCUUUCUUAGAAUGCUGUGUUUUCACCUUCAGAAUUCUUUUGUUGCAGAUUGGGUGUUACUCACAGAGCCAUGUUCUAUAUUCCAACUGUUUCAUUCCUCAUCUGAUAACACAGAUAAUAGUUAUCCCUAUUUUAGUCAGGAUGUAAACUCAAAGGAGGCAGUUCAUUGGUUCCCUUGCAUACAAUCGACUAGGUUGCUAUGCACAGUGCCUGUUUACCUGAUACUGAAAAUACAUGUGACAUACUGAACAAGUUGUAUGAAUAUGCCCUGUUGUGAGCACUGAUGGACCCGAUUAAAUUCUUUGCACAAACUUGUUAGGAUCAGCCGGAAGAGAAAGCUGACUGGUCUUGAACAUGUGCCUUGGGGUGCAAAAUCUAUUUUAUAGUAUGGACGAGACAAAACACUCCAAGCCUUAAAAUACUAUGUAUUGUGAUACUAUAGUCCUGUACAACUGUACAUACUUGUAGAAGAAUGUAAAUUGUUGUGUACAAUGCAACUUGAUAUCACAUUGUAGUUUUACCAUUACAUAAUGUAGCUUGAAUACUAGAACAGUGCUACCCCUUUGUCUUAUAAUUAUUCUAUUCUAGCAUUCUGUUAAAGUAUUUGCUAUUUAUUUAAGUUACUUUGAUGGAACUAUUUAUUUGUGCUGUGGAAGGACAAGACUUCUCCAGUAAUUUUUGUACUUUUAUACUGUUUUAUCAACGUUUCAUUCCUUGUGAUUGAUAUUGUCCAUGCUGGAACUUUGGCAAAGGCCGACAUAAUACCCAAAUGUUGUCCUUUAAUGUGAAAUAUGUGCCUUUAAGGGGGAG